AUGAUGAAGAAUGAGACAAAUGUUGAAGAAUUUAUCUUAGAAGGAUUUCCUGCAGUCCAGCACCUAGGGAAACUUCUCUUUGUUGUGUUGCUAAUGCUGUAUCUUGUGUCUAUCAUAGGAAAUACAGUCAUUGUCAUAAUCAUGUGGGUGGACCAUCGCCUUCAAAUACCAAUGUACCUUUUCCUCAGUGGUUUCUCUUUCCUAGAAUGCUGUUUUACAACAAGUGUUAUUCCAAAAUUGCUGUCAAUCUUUCUUUCAGGUAUGCAAACCAUUUCCUUUGCUGCCUGUCUCACUCAAGCCUUUGUAUUUAUUUCUAUUGGGAUCACAGGCUUCUUCCUCAUGGCUGUGAUGUCAAUAGAUCGAUACAUGGCAAUUUGCAACCCUCUUCAUUACCCCAGUAUCAUGACAAUGAGGGUCUGUUUCCUUUUGAUCCUCUUCUGUUGCAGUAUGGGAACUGUUGCAACAACUAGUCUGAUCAUAAAGGUAUCUCAACUAUCCUUCUGUGAUUCUAACAUCAUCAAACAUUUCUUAUGUGAUCUUGGUCCUCUGACACAACUCUCAUGCUCUGAUACAAGUUUUAUUCAAUCGUUGACUUUUUUUCUUGCUCUGUUUAUCAUUCUGUCCUCCCUUGCAGUCACAAUCAUAUGUUAUGUCAAUAUUGCAAUGACAAUAAUGCAUCUCCCAUCAGCAAAGGAACGCCAGAAAGCUUUCUCCACCUGUUCCUCUCACCUUAUUGUCCUUUUUCUAAUAUAUGGCAGCUGUAUUUUUAUAUAUAUAAAACCCAAUCAAGCCAACAGAUUAGACACCAACAAGGAGGCAGCUCUUAUGAACACUGUAGUUACCCCUGCACUGAACCCCUUCAUUUAUACUUUACGAAAUAAGCAGUUCAGACUGGCUUUGAGAGAUACUAUUUACAAGAUGAAAUUGUUGAGACAGUCAAGACCUUAA